AAAACAACAUGGUCGUCUUUGGACUGGGGAAGUGAUCUCCGGUAACAUUUUACAAGGAAAUACAGAGUUAUUAGUACAUAUUUCUAUGCGAAAUGUGGACUGUGUCAAAGAAUGUGAAGUUUGGAGUCGCUAUUUACAACUAUGAUGGCAAGGCCAAAUUUGGUUUACCCCUCGAAAUAGGGGAGACUGUCCAGGUCUUGGAAGAAUGUGCAGGAUGGUAUCGGGGGUUCUCGACAAGGAACAAGGCUGUCAAGGGUAUCUUCCCAGCAUCCUUCAUCCACUCUAAGCCAGUUGCGGCAUGUGUCGUCGACAAUGAGGGGCCAUAUGAGACAGUAACGCCGGUUGAGGAUACGACUGUCAGGGAAGUUGGUUAUGUGCUAAAAGAAUGGAACGGCAUCUGGAAAAGGCAGUUUGUGUCACGGCAUAUGGUGAUGUUCAACAAUGUGAAAGGAGUCAUGCAGAACCUGUUGUCAUUCAGGAGGCAACUGCUUUCGAGUACAUUAAACACGCAGGAACAGAAACGUGCAAUAAAAGCCAAGAUUGUAUCAAAAAUAGACUGGAUAAAUGGUCAACUUGGUCUGGACCUUGUCCCCAGGGUAGAGAAUGAACAGGUCGACCCUGACAGGAUCAGCGUGAUUGACUUAUUCCGGUUGCAUAAACAAGGUGCUGAUAAUAACAUGAAUGCUUCGGCACAAGUUGUCAAGCAGAUCAAUGAAAAUAAAGUGGUUUUUGCCAGUUUACUGAAUAGCAUCCCUCGAGACCAGGCUCUGUCUGGGGGCAGUGUUCGUCGUGAACAUGAGCAAGGGGAUGGCUUGAAUGGUGACGACCGGGUUGCUAAUGCUAAAUCUGCCAUCAUCAGGCAAAGUCAAAUUGUAAAAGACAGGCCACCACCACUGUUUCCGCGCAGAGAGCGUAUUUCGGAGCUGAAGAUUUUGAAACAUGCGGGUCGACAUCUAUUCCACUGCUCCUUGGAAAUGAGAAAAUUUUUGCUUGACAUGCAGAAUCCCAGUGAUGUAUUUUUUGGUAUUUAUGAUUUCAAAACUGGGGAGUACAUUAGUGAGAAAUUCCUGGCCAGACUGACCAAGAAUGGUCUACCAGAACAAUUUGAAAAGCUACACCACAAUACUGCUAUAUUCACAGAUUUGGGAAACGAUGACCUUGUGAAAGAUGUGUACAUGGUGGCUCACAUUUACAGGAAAGGUGUGAUGUUACCGGCAGAUGCAAGUUCCAAGAAAGGUGGUGUUCCACAUUACAGACGGCCAUAUGGGUGCUCAGUUCUAAGUAUCAAAGAAGUAUUACUCAAUCAGAUAGGCCAUGACGACGACAAGGAGUUCCACAUGAAAGUAUACUGUUGUAGUGAGGAAAACUUCUCAUCAUUACACGAAAACAUCAUUAGGAAGAAGGGGAACUACAACCUUGCCUCAGGACAGACAAACUAUGGUAUGGUAGUAGCAAUGAGAAUGCUUCAUGGAGACCUUGACACAGUCAAGAGGGAAAACCCGCUUCUGUUCACCAAGAAUAUUGCCGUUUGUCGGCGGAUGGGGUUCUCGGAUGUCAUCAGACCAGGUGAUGUCCGGAAUGACCUGUACCUGACGAUAUGCUCUGGAGAAUUUGAGAAAGGCAGGAAGAAAUCGGGGAAGAAUAUUGAAGUCAUUAUGUUUGUGCUGGAUGAGAGCGGGAAACCCAUUGAAAAUGCCAUUUCAAUGGGUUCUGGCGAGCCUAACGUCACAGAGUUCCGCUCGGUGGUGUUUUAUCAUUCGGACAAACCUAAGUGGUUAGAGACAGUAAAGCUCAAUGUUCCUCUGGAGAAGUUCCCUAAAGCACACUUCAGGAUGGACUUCAGACAUGGCUCAACCAAAACUGGGAACAAGUUGUGUGACUUUGCCUUUGCUAAGCUUGUGAAUGAGAAUGGUGCUACGAUAGGAGAUGGACGACAUGAACUCUUCCUCUACAAGUGUGAGAAUGCAGAAGCUAGCAAACUGGCUAAGGUUAGCAAUUACAUCAAGUUACCCAGCUCAGCUGAGGACGGCACGACCCACACAGGAAACUCAUUAUUUCAGCGGAGCACCAAGGAAUUGGUCAUUAUCAAUUCGUUACUUUGCUCAACCAAGUUCACACAAAAUGUUGACCUCCUGGGAUUCCUGAAGUGGAGGACACAGCCAGAGAAAUUGGAAAUGAACAUCAACAAGCUAAUGACCUUAGGAGGAGAAGAGAUUGUCAAGUUUUUGAGUGACAUCUUGGACGCAUUGUUUUCUAUGCUGGCACAGACCACGACUCAUAAAAAUCUUGUGUUCAAGGCCCUGGUCUACAUAUUCAAUCUGCUGAAAGAUGAAAAAUUUGAGCAUUUCCGCCCUGUCAUUGAUAACUACAUCUCAGACGUCUUCUCUGCACUACUUGUGUUCAAGGACAUGCUCGGCUGUUUAGUACAUCAAGUCAAAAUGUGUUACCAGAGCAAACGACCAACAGACAUGUCAAAGACAUUUGAGGUCUUGGAAUACAUUUUCAAAUUCAUGGUGCAGUCGCGCAAACUCUUCAGCAGGGCAAGCGGAGAUCAGGAGCAACUGAAAGACUUCAAAGAGAUACUCAUGACAUUUAUCAGAGAGUGCGGUUUUAUGCUGAAGUCCACCCAGGAACCUGUUGUCAACUCACAGGUGACGCUUCUCAGUAACCUGAGCUCUGUCUACCCAGAUCUGUUGAAGCUACUGAGCUGUGCGGAUGUGACAGCAAUGGUAUCGAUACUCCUGAAUAGCAUGCCAAAAGAUCAAGUCUCCAUAGCUGUCAAAGUCAAAGAAGUCAAACUGCAGUUCUUAAGAGAUACAAUUGGAUCAAAAUUGUUUGAAGAGCCAGAGUCCCGCACCACAAUGCUGACCCUGGCCAUGUCCCAACUGAAGCGUCACCUCAUCACCGACUCCAACUUGCUGCUUACUGUUAACAUCCUCGGGGAUAUAUUGACCUUCCUACAGUCACAAGAAAAGGCGGCAGCCAAAGAGGCACAGGCAUGUGGUGAUAAUGAAAUGGAAAAGGUGGAGAGUGUCCAUGAAGACAUUUGUCUUGUUGUCAGCUCCCUACUUAGUGUUGUGGCUCAGGUUGUUCUCAGGGUGGAGAGGCAAGACAAAGCUGCUGGUCUGCUGGUAGCGUGCCUAAUCAACAUGUUCAAACUGAUGGACGAAGGUCAUUACAAGGCCAUAUUUGAUCAAAUGAAGCCCAAACAACCACUGAAGAGAUACCUGGUGACAGUGUUCAGGGUAUUCAAAGAUCUCCUGCAGGCUGGAGUCUUUCCCAAGGACUGGAUGGUCAUGAAGAUGGUCACCAACAGUGUAAUCUUGAGUACGAUGCAGUUCUUUGGACAAGCGCUUAGAGACCAGUUUCUUGGAAAUGACUUUGACCUUGAGUUAUGGAGUGACUACUUUAAUCUGGCUGUUGCCUUUGUGACGCAGCAAUGUCUUCAGUUAGAGAAGUUUUCCAAGGCCAAGAGGGAGAAAGUCAUUGAAAAAUAUGGCGACAUGAGGGUGCCAAUGGGUGUCGACAUUGAGUCUAUGUGGCAAAGUCUAGGCACCCAUAAGAUCUGUUUCAUCCCCAACAUGGUUGGUCCAUUCCUUGAAGUGACUGUAGUCCCAGAGACUGAACUGAGGAAGGCAACGUUGCCUAUCUUCUUUGAUAUGAUGGAGUGUGAGCAAAAGGCAAGGGGACACUUCAAACAGGUUGAGUCUGAACUGAUUGACAAGCUCGACCGUCUUUUGAGUCAGAACAAGGGGGAUGACCAGUACAGGGAACUAUUCCAAAACAUGAUGGAAAACUUCAUAGAUGAGCUCGGGGAAUAUCUUGUGAUGCAAGAUAAGAUAGAUACUCAACCAGACUGGAAGGAGAGUGGGUCUGCAUUCAUUCAGUCCGUGACGAGAUUGUUGGAGAGACUCCUGGAUUAUAGACGUGCCAUGUCAGGGGACAGCAACUACAGUCAGAAGAUGAUUUGUACGGUCAACCUCCUGAACUUCUACAAGAAUGAGAUCAACCGUGAAGAGAUGUAUAUCCGCUACAUCUACAAGCUGCGGGAUCUUCACAUCCAAGGAGAAAACUUCACCGAGGCAGGAUUUGCUCUGAAACUACAUGCAGACAUGCUGAACUGGAGUGAGGAUUAUGUGGAGGCAGAUCUCUCAUUCCCCGACCAGAUGAAGUGGAAGAGAAAGGAGUUGAUCUACAAACAGAUCAUUGAGUACUUUGACAAGGGCAAGAGUUGGGAACAUUGUCUGCCACUGUGCAAGGAGCUAGCAGAACUCUAUGAAAAGAAAUUUGACUAUGCAAAACUUAGCAAUAUUUUGAAAAAACAAGCAACCUUCUUAGAUAACAUCCUGAACCAGCCAAGGUUUGAGUUCGUUUACUUCCGGCAAGGCUUUUACGGCCAAGCAUGGCCCACUUUCCUCAGGAAUAAGACUUUCAUUUGCCGAGGGAAUACGUUUGAGAGACUGGGAGAAUUCAAGAGUCGUGUUAUGAUAGAACACCAGAAUGCUCAGUUAUUGAAUCGUCUAGAUCCACCAGACCCAUCGAUUUUCAAUGGAGAAACUCCAUACAUUCAGUUGUGCACCGUCAAGCCAAAUCCGGUUGAGGAGAGGGCUGAACUGUCCGGUGGGGAUGUACCAAUGAGGAUCGCAGAAUACUACAAAGUGAACGAGAUAGAUACAUUCCAGUUCGACAGGCCAUUCCACGAAGGCAAAAAAGAUGAUAAGAAUGAAUUCAAGACAUUGUGCCUAGAGAGAACCACCAUGAAAAUAUCAACAAAACUUCCUGGCCUGCUCAAAUACUUUGAAGUGGUGAAAUCCAACACAAUCAACCUCAGUCCGAUCGAGACUGCCAUUGACACAAUGGAGAAUAUGAACGCUGAACUUCACACAUUGAUAUCAACAUACAGUGGCAGUAACCCAGAGAAGAAUAUCAACCCACUCACAAUGAGGCUGCAUGGGGUGAUUGAUGCUGCGGUGAUGGGUGGACCCAAACAUUAUAAAGAGGCUUUCUGUUCUCAAGACUUCUGUAUUGAGCACCCAGAGCAUGUAGACAACAUUGUCAAACUCAAGGGGCUACUGACAGAACAGGUGACUAUUCUGGAGAAAGGCAUGAAACUUCACAGUAAGCUGCAUCCACCGGAUAUCUUGCAACUUCAUCAGAGGUUAGAAGCGUGCUUCAAGGAGACGAAGAAGGCCAUGAGGUGGUCGGGUUCAUAUAGUGACACAGCCAGUCUGCAGUCAGCCUCUGAUUCUGAUCCAUUUGACCUCUCGCGUCCAGAGUCAACAACCAGUUCUUCAUCAAGUCGCCCUUCGUGUAGUUCUGGUAUAUCGGAGCCAGCAGUUCCCAGUGGGGGUCAGACAACUUCCAUACUCGACGAAGACAUCUAUGCCUUGCCAGAUUCUCCCAAAGAUUUAUAUUCAGAGCCUCCCCCAGGUACACCAUUGUAUGCUGUUGGUGAGCUACCUCAUGCUCCAAUGCCAAAGCCAAAACCAACAAAGCCAAAACCUGCGCCAAAGCCACCAAGAGAGAGCUUACAAAUUGGAGGGGCAUAUUCGGAAUUACCUGAUCAACCUGAUCCCAAUCUGGUGAGCGCAUGGAAGAAAAUUGGCAACAAAGAAAAUGGCGACACCCAGGUUAGUCCUUCAUCAGACAGUGGCACCAGCAGUACUAGCCCAUCACCCCGGUCAUCAAAUUCUGCUGGUUCUGGUGAUAAGAGAGAUCCACCUGCAUUGCCCCCAAGAACAGGCAAAUCCCCAGGUCAAGAGAACCCACCAUCCUCGCCUGUGCCAACCCAACAUUUGUCAGCCGUUCCACCGAUACCAGCAAGAUCAACUAAAAGGGACUCUGCACCAAUCGAUAUGCAGUCUCACCUGCAUUCCCCGACCUCUGGCAUAUCACCGAUGAAAACGGUUGAAGAACCAUACCCUCCUGCUCUACCACCAAAACAUUGCUCAGUGCGUCGAGGACAGUCAGAAUCGGCUAAUGCUUCUGAUCCUCAGGAAUCCCCACCGAAACUUCCGAAACGAGCUGCAUCCAUGUUUCAGCAAAACCACCCAAUGCCUGUAAUGUCACCUUACCGCCGACCAAGUGCACCGACAAUGACUCUUGCUGAGGAUGACGAGGAACUCAGAAAUAGCACAUCAACGGAUAUGUAAAAUAACUCUGGGCAAUGCCCUUUAAUGUGUUUAUGACAAAAUGGCUGAUUCGUAAAUAUUAUUGAAUCCGUUGAUUUCAACGUCAUGUGGCAUUCUGAGAAAGAUAUUUGGUACCUGUAGGAUACGUCUUUUCUCACAAGUAUACCCAGCAAUUUGUUAGCUGUCCAGAUAUCAUUGGGUGAUGUCCUGAUGUUUUGUUUUCUCAUUGAAAUUCAUUUGUGAAAAAAAAAUAACUCAACACACAAUUUUGUAUUGGUGAUGAGAUAUGGUCAUUUUGUAAGUGUCUGUCAAUCCAUAAGGGAUCCCAAAUCAACUGAGGUGCGAUACAGGCCUCUAAGAAGGGAAAGGUUCCUGUCGAUUUCAAAGUGCUAGGCAAGUAGAGCUGUGUGCUUGUGUGUGGUUUCCAAAUAUUUCAUUCCAAAACCUUUCGGCAUAUUCUAUCAUAAAGAAACCAACUGGACAAAGUUUGGUUUUUGUGACUGCAUAGUUUAAUCAUGUGAUUUUAUUUUACAGAUUUGUUUAUAUUUUGUUGAUUGAUUGUGAUUUUGAUAAGUUUUAUUCUCAGUUUAUAUGAUCGUCUGCAAUGAAAUGGUUAUUUCUUGUUAUCAAGAUUUUGACUAUUCUAAUUUUUCCUAUCUGUGUGGAGAUAACUAAGGCAUUAUGAGACAAACGGAAUGCUGCUAUGUCUCCCAGCUCUUUUCUUUGUUGUAGAAAGCUUUUUUAAUGAGCCAAGGGAUUUUCAAGGAUGCAACCAAAUGUGUUACGAGAUACUUUUAAAUUAUGGAUUGUUACCUGUAAACAUUUGAGAAACAAUACGGUAGUUGAAAUAUCCAUUUUUUGUAGUCUUUCUGCUUUAUUGUAAAUUGCCUAAAGACUUCGAUCUUUGUAACCAUUCUAUGGAUUUGUUCAGUUUUGUAAAGUCUUUGCAGAACCUUCUUCUAGCAAAUAAUGCUGAGGUCAGUCAAUUUUUGUCUCAGUUAUUCAAAGUUCACUUAUUUUGGGAUGCUUUACAUUCGAAACCUAAAAUGAUAUCAUUUGCUCAUUUAUGUAUUACAUUUGAGUAAAAACAAUAAUCUCUUUUUUGAACAAAAUCUUGUGCUAUGUGUUUAUGUACUUUGAUAAUCAUGUUUCAUUAAUUAGUACCAAUUCAUUUACUCAACUGUAUAUAGUCAUUCUAAAGUUUUAUAUACAUUUUUCCUAGAUGAUUAUACAUAAUAAUUAUGCUUGUGCCAAUAUUCUAUAUUCGAAGAUUAGUGUAGGCAACAACCACGUGGUCAGAAAUUGCUCAAUUGGUGGUGGCCGAUUUAAUUGUGGUGUUGAAAUUAACAGGGUUGAGGUGAUUUGUUUUUCCUUUGUCAAUAUCAAGAAUUUAUCAAUUUGUAAAACAUUUUCAUCUCCAUUUUUUUGUAAUCACUCUUCCAGUGAAUGCAUUAGACAAGUUGUUUCCAAGAAACUGGGGAUUUAAUGGUGAAAAACAGUUGUCACAGAUGUUUGUUUCACAGAUUUAUUUUUCUUGGCCAAUAAAUCAUUCCGGCAUUUGGUCAAAUUCUUAUCACCUCUUUCCUGGAAAGAAAUUUCACAUGUUGCAUCCAUCUUGUCAAGAGCCAUACCAUUCCCUCUCUCUGUUGAAGGAGUUGAAAAAAGCUGUGUUUUUUGGGAAUGAUAGGGGUGUGGGUCAGUUUUGUAACUUAAUUGUGUUUGUGAUAGUUUGUCAUCAUCAUGGAGGGUAUUUUACAUAAUUUGAGGACAUGAUUAUAGCUUUGCAGUAAAAUGCAAUAAACUCCAAACUCUUUACUAUUGGAGAUAAAGAGGCUUUUGACUUCGUCUGCUGAAUUGGGGCUUAUAUUUACUUAAAGUCAAUCAAACUUGUUGGCUUGGCAACCUACUCAAAAGACUUAAGUAUGUUAGUCUGGAUACAGUAGCUCAGUUCGCUGUUUGGAGUGGGUUCUUAUGCCCAGAUGCUUACCCUUUUAAAUGGUAUGCAAAGACAAAUGUAGCAUAAUCGAAUCAAAAUGCAUCAAAUAAAUUAUACAACUUUAAGACAAUGGCUUUUGUAAAAUACAUUACGUAUUCGGUACUUUUUUUUACUAAAACUGUAUCUUGAUGAUGGUUGUGUAUAAUGUGUGUAACCGUGGUUACAUCCGCUCGCUUCAAGUCAAUGUUGUGUUGUAUUUGAGACUUGCUGUGUGUGUGUGUUAGUGACCUUGUCGUGUGGCACUUGGACUUGUAGAGGGGUCAAAUUUUAUGGCCAAAAUAUUAGUGUAAUCGUCAAUGAGUGUAAAGCAGAAAAAAUAAUUUCUCUUGAAAUAUUCUGGAUUAGUGUUAGGGAUGAUUGCAUGUUGGUUGACGCAUCUCACAUGUAUACAGAAAAUCCUAUUCCAACAUCACAAUUUUUUUUCAGGGAAUUAUUUUUAUACAUUUUUUUUUUUUCAAAGUGAUUGAAAAUACUUACUCAUGAUUGGAAACUCAUCCUAAUCUAACUUGCUCUCAAAGUUGAUUAUGAAAAUUUCUCAAUGUUAUCAAUGAUCAAAUCCGCUGUUCAGAGAUUUUAAGAAGUGUACACUGUAAAAUCAGUCAAGACCUGACAUAACUUUCUUGGUAUCCUCAUGUUAUGUAUGUCCUAUAAUAAGCUAGGUGCUGCCACCAUUGAAGUAAUGGCUCCUGGUUGAUUUCACAGUUAUCAUGAUAGAGUGUCUUUUCACAAAAUUUCCCAUAAAAUUGAGAUAGAAGAAACCUAGAUUGACUGUGUUUCAUACUAGCAUAUGGCAAAAACGGAUAAGUAAAGGGUAUUUUAUACUAUGUAUUUGUAUAUAGUAAUAAUUAUAAAGAAUAUUAAAAUGUAUGAAGAAUGUCAGUGUGUGUAUCAUAUCAUAUUUCAUGAUUGUAAUUUGGCACAUCUUUUUUGUCAUAUUUUCUUCAAUUUUUGUGCAAUAUAAAAAAGUUUCGAUUUAGUGAAAUUAGUUAAUCAAUUAGAUAUGAUCGGUGUUAUUCUAGAGAAAGCAGUCAAACUGUUUAUAAAUUUAGAAGUGUGUCUUUUCAAUAUGAUAACCAAGAGGCCCAACAGUGAUAUAUGUAACAGCCGCAGUUUACUUCACCCACUAUAUGAGUGGAAAACCUGUUGUCUUUCACCAGAUAUAUCCUUAUGAAUCACACACUUGAGGCCAGAAUUUAUUGAUUUGCCAUAUGCAAUAUUGAAGACAAAGUUCCAACAAAUCAAGUUUCCACAGACAAUAAACACUUGUGACUUGAAAAAGUUAACUUAUGAUCAAGUAGAACCUCCCCACAUCCCUCAGGCCUUCAAGUUUUAUUCUGAUUUCGAACCAAAAUAGCUCAAAUAAUAGAAGGCAUUUUCCAUAGAUGUUUUCAGGUAAUUGCUUUGUUUACGAAAUGGAACUCAUUUUGAUUCUAGUGUGUUCAGGACCAAGUUUGAUAUGAGAAAAUACAACUGACAACUUCGACAAACCUGCAGCUACUUGUUGAGUGUUUGCUCCAUUAAAUGCUUUGCCUCUCAAAUCAUGGGGACAGUGAAACUUGAGCAAUGUUAGCUUCAAUAUUCCCAAUAUGUACUUAAGAUUUGUGGUUGGACAAUCUUAAUAAAAUUCAAAUGAAAUA